CGCUACUGCAGACCUCUCGCGAGAGAACGCGCAGCUUCCCAGCCAGCAGUGUGGUGUGGUGUGUGCGCGAUAGAGACGAGGAAAGAUGGCGACGCAGGAGAGCGAAGCAACUAAAGCUACCAUGAGCAACGGCGAGGUGAGCAGCAAUGGAACUGCUGCAGCAACAGAUGGCCAGGCUGUGCAGACAGCCGAAAAUGCACAGGACCCUCAGCAACAGCAGCAGCAGCAACAACAAGCACCUAAUGCCUGGCAGGUCAUUAAGGGGGUCCUCUUCAGAAUCUUCAUAAUUUGGGCAAUCAGCAGCUGGUUCCGCCGAGGACCGUCCACUCCUGACCCCAACACACCAGCUGGUGCCCCCAGGGUACCCAGUCGAAACCUCUUCACCAAAGACACCCUCAUGGACCUGUACGUGUACGUGUCCCAGGAGGAGGUGUUCUCUGACUUCAACAACACAGAUGCCAUGUUCUGGUUCCAUAGGGACCUGGUCUAUGGAGACUGGACCACAGGGGAGGAUGGAGACGGCUGCUAUCAGCAUUAUAAAGAGAUGGACAUCCCAGAGAAGGUACAGCAGAACGGAUCCCUCUACAUACACGUCUACUUCACUAAAAGUGGAUUCCACCCAGAUCCCAAACGCAAGGGGCAGUAUCGCAGACUGGCAACAGUUCAUGCAACAAGAAUGCUGAAUAAAUUCAAGCGAAGAAAGUUUCAGAAGACCAAGAAUCUGCUUACAGGAGAGACAGAAGCAGAUCCAGAGAUGAUUAAGCGGGCAGAGAGCCACGGUCCAGUGGAGAUUAUCUCACACUGGCACCCCAACCUCACCAUCAACAUGGUGGAUGAUCACACAGCCUGGGUUAAAGGCUCUGUUCCUCCACCGCUAGACCAGCAUGUUAAGUUUGAUGCAGUGAGUGGCGACUACUACCCCAUUGUGUACUUUAACGACUACUGGAACCUUCAGAAGGACUACUAUCCCAUCAACGAGACCCUGACAAAGCUCCCGCUGCGCCUCAUCUACUGCCCGCUGUCCUUGUGGCGCUGGCAGUUGUAUGCCGCCCAGAACGCUCGCUCACCGUGGAAUUUCCUUCCCGAGGACACCUACGAGCAGUCUGACGAAGACCAAGACUCUGUCAAAGUGGCCCUUUUGGAAACCAACCCGUACCUCCUGGGACUCACCAUUGUUGUCUCCAUUGUGCACAGCAUCUUUGAGUUUCUUGCCUUCAAGAAUGAUAUCCAAUUUUGGAACAGCAGACAGUCUCUAGAAGGUCUGUCAGUGCGCUCCAUCAUAUUUGGAGUAUUUCAGUCUCUAGUGGUGCUGCUGUACAUACUGGACAACGAAACCAACUUUGUGGUGCAGGUCAGCGUCUUCAUUGGUCUUCUCAUUGACCUGUGGAAAAUCACCAAGGUCAUGGAUGUCAGAUUGGACAGAGAGAACAAAAUUGCAGGAGUGUUCCCAAGAUUGGUAUUCACAGACAAGUCAACAUAUGUGGAGUCUUCAACCAAAAUCUAUGAUGAUAUGGCCUUCAAGUACUUGUCGUGGCUGCUCUACCCUCUGUUUGGCUGCUAUGCGGUCUACAGUUUAUUGUACGUAGAGCACAAAGGCUGGUACUCAUGGGUACUCAGCAUGCUCUAUGGCUUCUUGUUAACCUUUGGUUUCAUUACAAUGACGCCACAGCUAUUCAUCAACUACAAAAUGAAAUCUGUAGCCCACCUCCCGUGGAGGAUGCUCACCUACAAGGCUCUCAAUACUUUUAUUGAUGACCUGUUUGCCUUUGUCAUCAAGAUGCCCAUGAUGUACAGGAUAGGAUGCCUCAGAGAUGAUGUGGUGUUCUUCAUCUACCUUUACCAGCGCUGGAUCUAUCGAGUCGAUCCCAACAGAGUCAAUGAGUUUGGUACUAGCGGAGUAGACCACUCUCAGAACAACACGGCGAACGCUGCCCCUGCUAGCAUCACAGACAAACCAGAGGGGCAGAAGAAGAACGAUUAAACAACACCACGCCCUUAUCUUCCUCCACUGCUGGGGUGAAGAGGACUUGUGGAAAUUAGGCGGGGAGGGGAGUCGUCGUUUAGCUGUCAUGGACGCCGCUACAAAAAAAAAUGCAGUUUAACUGUUCCCUCUGAUUUCUGUGUGGAUCCACAGAGAAUCAUAUUCAGUGUAGACUUGGUAAAUUCUUAUUUCUGUUCCCCGCCCAUCCCUGCCCUCUCGUUUUGCAGUUCAAGUGAAGUAAAACAAAACGUGAUGUACUGUAUUCUGUAUGAUUUUUUUCGGAGGGUAACAAUGUCUUGGAGUAGAUGUUGGGAAGGGAACAGGUUGCAGUUAUACUACUUUUUUUUUAUACAGAGAAGAAAGAGGCCAAGUGCAACUUUUGUUCUUUGUGUAGAUUCCUUGUGAAUUUUUCUUUUCAUUCCAUGUGAGCAGCGUGUUUGGGGUUGCUUGGGAACUGGUAAGUUAGUGCUGGGGGAAACUGGAAAGAUCCUGAGCCACAAUGGAGGCUGAAGACGAGAGGUGGUGACCUGAGACGAGAUGACUGACCCUGCAGGACACUACACACAAGACAAUGACUACUACCCUCAAUUUUAAACAAAUGGUUAAUGUUCUAAACUUGAACAGAAAAAAAUAACAGCCUUGUUGGUAUUAAUAUAAAUAUAUUAAUAUUGUCAAUGACUUAAUUAUUGUUUUUCAGUCACUGAAGCAUUCUUUUGUAUGUCCUCAGACUGUACAGAAUCUUGUUAAUAAUACCGAUGUCAAAAAUGUCUGGCAGUAGAUAAUUUGGGAGUCUGAUUUUUAUUUCCCCCCCUCCCUCCUCAGCUGGACAUCUGAUUUUCAAAUAGAUUCACCUUCACGCUCCAAAAUAAGAUCAUCUUUACAGACACAGCGACACACACUGGUGUGUGCUGAAUGAAUUACAGUGUCUCUACUUUUUUGUUUUUUAAUUUUGAGUGCUGUAAAUCCUGAAAGGAAGAGGGUUCCAUGUUGGUACAUAUUAAAUUUUUCAGCAUUCAUGUUUAUAGUAAAACUAUGUGUGAUUUAAAAUGUC